CAAGUUUCAGUUUCAAUUCGGCGGCCAAGCGGCAAACACUACUCUACACGGUUUCAGUUCGAGACAGCGCGACACUCUUGAGAAUUAAUGAUGAGAACUGUGGCAUUUCUGGCGCUCUGCCUGUGCCUGUGCCUGGCCAGCGCCAAGGCUGGCAAGGUGGGACAGCAGCAGUUGGGACCACAGCGACACCUGGUCUGCUACUAUGACUCGGCGAGUUUUGUGAAGGAAGGCCUUGGUAAACUGGUGAUUGAUGAUCUGGAGCCCGCACUACAGUUCUGCGAUUAUCUGAUCUAUGGCUAUGCGGGCAUCGAGCGUGACUCGCAUAAAGCAGUGAGUCUUAACCAGCAGCUGGAUUUGGAUCUGGGCAAGGGUCUGUACCGCACUGUGACACGUUUGAAGCGCAAGUAUCCCAAUCUGCGUGUUCUGCUCAGCGUGGGUGGCGAUAAGGACAUUGAGACUGGCGAGGAUGCCAAGGACUUGCCCAACAAGUACUUGGAGCUGCUGGAGAAUCCCACGGGUCGCACACGCUUUGUGAACACCGUCUACUCAUUGGUGAAGACCUACGGCUUUGAUGGCUUGGACAUUGCCUGGCAGUUCCCCAAGAACAAGCCAAAGAAGGUGCACAGCGGCUUGGGUAGCGUGUGGAAGAGCUUCAAGAAGGUCUUUAGCAGCGACUUCGUUGUGGAUGAGCGCUCCGAGGAGCAUAAGGAACAGUUCACUGCUCUGCUGCGCGAUGUGAAGAACGCCUUCCGUCCGGACAACCUGCUUUUAUCUACAACCGUGUUGCCCAACGUAAACUCCUCACUUUUCUUUGAUGUGCCCGCUGUUAUCAACUAUUUGGACUUUGUGAACCUUGCCGCCUUUGACUUCUUCACCCCGCAGCGCAACCCAGAGUUAGCUGAUUACACGGCGCCCAUCUAUGAUCUGAGCGAACGCAAUCCCGAGUUCAAUGUGGACGCUCAGGUUAAGUUUUGGCUGCGCAACAGUUGCCCGUCUAGCAAGAUCAAUGUGGGCGUGGCUACCUACGGCAGGCCCUGGAAAAUGACUGAUGAUUCAGGCGAUACCGGUCUGCCGCCUGUGGCAAAGGUGGUCGAUGAGGCGCCUGUGGGCAGCAACACGCAGCUGCACGGCAUCUACAGCUGGCCCGAGACUUGUGCCCUGCUGCCCAACCAGAACAAUGCCUACUCCAAGGGCGCCAAUGCGCCGCUUACCCGGGUCACAGACCCCGCCAAGCGAUACGGUUCGUAUGCCUAUCGUGCAGCUGACAAGAAGGGCGACAAUGGCAUCUGGGUGAGCUUUGAAGAUCCCGACACCGCAGCCGACAAGGCCGGCUAUGUGCGCAGCAACAAUUUGGGCGGCGUGGCUCUAUACGAUUUGUCUCUAGAUGACUUCCGAGGACUCUGCACCAACGACAAGUACCCCAUUCUGAGGGCUGUUAAAUACCGCCUGGUUAACUAGACUUUGCGCAAUUUUAUUUACUUUUCUCAUCUAUCUAUAAAAUUUAACUUUGAGAGGAAACAUUAAAGAUGAAAGUCAUAUGAAC